CUAGAAUUUGGUUUACCAAUGCUUCGAGUAUCCCGGUGAUGACUUUUUGGUUGUGAUUAUGGGUAUGGUUGUGGGCCAUGUCGUAGCACAACGAGAGAUGAUGAAGGCUGUGGCAACCAAGAGAACAGACAGCAAGAUCAUAACAAGGUCAUAACAAGAUCAGACGAUUCAAGGAUCUAAGGAUUCAACCAUCCAGAUGAUGCCAUAGUAUCCCUAUUUCCAGCCCAUCCCCGUCAUCUGUUGACAGAAUCCUGUCAAGCUCCAAGCAGCCAAUAAUUGGCAAUGGAUAAGUCCGAAUUGGCGGCUAAGGCCCCUAUACUUUAGCUUUGAAGCUUAAACCUGUCAAGUUUGACAGCCCCUAGGGCCACUCCAAUGCCCUUUCCAUGUUCGGGUGGUGUGAUUAGAAGGCCCGCGCUUAUUUGGCGUUGACAUCGCCAAUAACCGCACGCCAUUUAUUACGCGUCGGCGACGAGCUCCAUGGUAGUACAACUGCAACGAGACCACAAAUAUGUAAGAGUGGAGUGAGAAGAAACAGAAAGGAUCGAUGUGGAAAGGCGAUGUGGAAAGGACAGGUAGGUAUAAGAUUCUUCGUCCCCUUACCAUCCAUCUUUCUUCCCUUUUCACUUCAUAUCUGGCCCCAUAGAGAUCAUCCUGUCGAACAGCACAUCUUUUGUUGGGUCUUGUAUAUUCGGUGAACGGGUCAAUAUUUCCAUUCGUUUACAGUACAUGAUCUACGAAAAUGCGCCUUAACCUCGCCUUCGCCGCUAUCGGGCUGAUCACCUGUGCCAAUGCACAAGGAUUUUGGGACAAGGGAGGCAAGGAGCCCAGCUCCUCCGAGAAGAGAAGCUCCAGCUCUUCCCAUAAGACCUCCGAGAGCUCCAGUGCUUCUAUGUCAUCCCACACUAGCAAGUCCAGUGCUUCCAUGUCAUCGCACACUAGCAAGUCCAGUGCUUCCGUGUCAUCGCAGACUAGCAGCUCCAGUGUUUCCGUGUCAUCGCACUCUGCCAGCUCCAGUGCUUCUUCAUCUGUCCAAUCUGUUAGCUCCACGGCUACUACUACACCUUUGGAGACUGUCAGCUCCACGAUUACUAUACCUUCUGGAACCGGAAGCAGCAUUUCAAUCUCAAUUGGCACCGCAUCUAGCAUCUCAUCUGUGGCCCAGAACGAGACGUCCACGGGAACCGGAACAGCUACCGGCACACCCACCGGCACACUUACCGGAACAGCCACGGGAACAGCCACGGGAACAAUUACUGGAACAAUCACAAUCUCGGUUUCCCAGGAGACGCCGUCGGCAACGAACACUCCGUUCUUCUCGCAGAAAUCAUUCGAAGCUGGUAACACUACCAGCUUCAGCGCUACGGGAACUCAAGUGUCGUCGAACCCAGCGAUCACGAAUCUACCCUUCAACACAUCGACCCCGGCGAACGCGACAACAAUCACCCAGACGUCCUUGAACACAACAAUCGUGACUCUGUCCAGCGUUGUCCCAACUUCCCUGACACACGGCCCAUUCUUUAACACCACAGAAGCCCCUACCGGCCCCAGUGUCACCGAGACCAGCGCCGGGCCAGGACAGACAACAGAGAUCCCCGGCUCGUCGGCAUCAGUUCCUGGAUCAUCUGCAGAAGUUCCCGGAUCAUCUGCAUCGGCUCCCGGGUCAUCGGCAGAGGUGCCUGGGUCAUCUGCAUCGGCGCCUGGGUCCCAAGGGCCGUCAUCAGCAGCAACACCCGUCUCGUCCGCAGCUCCGCAGCAGUCAGAGUGCAACUGCCUCUCAGGCGGCGGAGGAGGCACCAGCGGCCAGCCAUGCAACUGUCCAACUUCGACUGGUGGUGGCGGCGCUCAGACAACCUCUCCUCCUAGCCCUAGCGGUGGCGGUAAUCAGACAACCCCCAGUGGCGGCGGUGGUGGCCAAGAAUGCAACUGCCCAUCUGGAGGUGGUGGCGGCGGCGGCCAGCCAUGUAACUGUCCCUCUUCUUCCGGUGGUGGUGGUGGUGCCGAAACAACCUCACACCCUACCAGCGGCGGUGGUGGCAAUCAGACUACUCCUACUAGCGGCGGCGGCGGUGGUGGCAGCUCCGCAUGCCCAACCUGUGGUGGCGGUGGUGGGAGUCAAACAGCCCCCCCUAGUAGUGCUCAGACAACGUCCCACCCUACCAGUGGUGGUGGUGGCAAUCAGACUACUCCUACUAGCGGCGGCGGCGGUGGUGGUAGCUCCGCAUGUCCAACCUGCUCUUCCGGUGGUGGCGGCGGUGGUGGCAAUCAGACAACUCCUACUGGCGGCGGCGGUGGUGGUGGUGGUAGCUCCGCCUGCCCAUCCUGCUCUGCUGGUGGCGGUGGUGGUGGUAGCCAAACUGCACCUCCUAGCGGCGGUGAAACAACUCCUCCUAAUCACGGCGGCGGAGGUGGCGGCAACCAGACUACUCCUGGUGGCGGCGGCUCUUCUGGUGGCGGUUCGUCUGGUGGGGGACAGGGUUGCCCAUCAUGCCCUAGCGGCGGCGGUGGUUCUUCUGGUGGUGGCUCCUCUGGUGGCGGUUCCUCUGGCGGCGGCGGCGGCGGCGGCGGUAGCUCUGCAUGUCCAACCUGCGCCUCUAGUGGUGGCGGCAGUGCCAGCCCAACUGGUGGGGGCGGUGGCGCUCCUAGUGGUGGAGGUGGUACCACCCCAGGUGGUGGUGGAGGCACCACUCCUGGCGGAGGCGGCGGUGGUAGCACUCCAGGUGGGGGCGGCGGUGGAAGCACCCCAGGAGGAGGUGGUGGUGGUAGCACCCCUGGUGGAGGCGGCGGUGGUAGCACCCCAGGGGGUGGCGGCGGCGGCGGGAACCCUGAGAAGGGCACGACCAAGAGCGCUGGUACGAAGUUGUCGAGCUCGGUGGCGGCGGUGUUGGUCGGUGCGGUUGCUGGGUUGGUGCUGAUGUAGAGAUAGGUGUGGGGUGAGAAUAUAGAUCAAAAGUUGAAUAGGAUACUAAUCAAGAUGUGGGUAAUAUAUAUUUUCUUUAAAUAAAACGAUGUAAUUAUAGAAUUAUAGAAAAUGCUGUUUGUAUAAAAUGAUUAGGGG